CGUCUCGAUAAGAUCAUCACCACACGCAUCAGCUCGACAUCACACACCACACCCCCUACCCCGCACUUCGCACACACCCCGUACAAUGCCUACUUCUACGCUUCGCCGCCUCAUUACAGUGCGGGGCCUUCACAUCGCCUCGCCCUACCCACCACCACCAGCAUCAGUCCACGAGCAGCCCCGCGUCUCCGCCAUUGACUACUCCUCCAUUCCGCUACAGGAACUGCGUAGGGAACUGCAUCAUCGCGCGCUGCAGACGAAAGGGACGAAAUUAGUGUGUAUCCUCCGCCUCGAACACGACGACAGAAUCAACAAAAAGUCACCCACCAUCUGUAUCUCCCCACGCAUAAUGAAGAACAAGAUCAGCAUGAAAGCCCUGAAGCGUGUGCGAAUAGCUGGAGAAAUGCUCGAGAAAAAUGCGCUUCUCGAGACCACCGAGGCCGUAGAGCCGACAAAGAUAAUGCAGACAGCCUUCUACCGCGCCCACCUCUCCUACCCGCCCAUAACUCCACCGCCCACCGCGCCCACCACGCCGGUGCGCAGCGCAUUUGCGCCUAGAGCGUCUGCGUUCCGUCUCCAGCGCGUCCCAACCACUCCCACCACUCCCACCACACGCGGCUACGCCACCACCGCCGACUUCACACCGCUCAUAAUUCCCAAGCCCUGGGAGUUUGCGCCUUCUGAAGAUGCCAGCAGACCAGCGAUCAGGGUUCCGUUUCUGCCUGACAACGAGUUUUCAAAGUACCACAGAAAGGAGUUCGUUCCGGAGGUCCAGCCGCCACAUCGGCCGGCUGUCAGUACGGUGGACGCGGAUGUGAGUGGCAUUGCUGCUACAUCCUCGCUCAGUCAUACAGUGGAGGGCAUGCAGGGAGGGUUCGGGGAUGGGGGGGUGCUGGAUGAGGUUCUGAUCGGAGUGGAGAGCGAGAAGGGGCCGGAGAGCGAAAGCACGAUUGCGCCGAGGGAGGAUGAUAUGGGCCCGCAACUCAGCGAGGAGAAGAAAACGGCGAUGAAAGUGUUUGCGGCCGGAACAGCGGCAUGGUGGGUCUUUGGUGAACCAAUCAUGAGGCUGUUCGGGAUUAUUUGAGCAGUCGUUCUUUCACUUGGACUAGUAAGCUGUCGUUCUCUGCUUGUCUUUCCUCGCAAACCAGUAAAGCAAUUCACGACGAUU